CGGAAGCAGAAGCGGCGGGCGGUCACGUGCGCGGCCAUGGCGGAGCCCGAGCUCCGCGUGAACGCCGCGUUCGCGGAGCGCUACCGGCGGUACCGGCGGCGGGAGGAGCUGCAGCGCCUUCGGGACCGUUACGGCGACGCCUCCGACCCCGACAGCGACAGCUCCGACUCCAGCGACUCCAGCGGCGGCUCCGUGGCGCCGGACCCCCGGGAGCAGCGGGAGUUCCUGCGCACGCUGGCGCUGCUGAAGACGCGCGACCCCCGCGUGUACCGGCCCGACACCGAGUUCUACAGCCGCGGGCCCCAGGAGGAGGAGGAGGAGGAGGAGGAGGAGGAGGGGGAGGAAGAGCGCGCCGCGCCGAUGUUCCUGAAGGAUUACGAGAGGAAGGUGCUGCUGGAGAAGGGGGGGAGAUACGUGGAUGAGGAGGAUGAGGAGGGCGAGGAGGCGGCGGCCAAGAGGAGGAAGGAGCCCCUGCAGAAGCUCUGGGCAGACCCCGCGCUGGAGCCGGGCGAGCGCUUCCUGCGCGAUUUCCUGCUGGGCUUCCACGAGGAGGAGGAGGAGGAGGAAGAGCAGGGCGGCCAGGAAGGGUGA